AUGGCAACAGCGACAGUCCAGUCUUCGACUAACCUCUUCCGCCAGCUCGCAUGGAAUGCUAGCGUCCCGAUAGAGGUCCGGCUUGCGGAUGGUGAAGCUCCCGGGGCCGCAGUCGACAAGUACUACGUCCAAGCUCCGCGAUACACGUACCUCCCCCUGCUGCUGCCUCAAAUCAAGGAGAAUCUCGUUUCGCUCGCUCUCGACGAUGAGCAGCUCGCCAAGACGAACGAGGCGCAGUGGUGGUUUGAGGAAGACGCGGAGGAGCCGGGGCUCGGUGGUCUUGGCGCAUGCCGAUGGCUUGAUCUCGAUCUUGGAGCCGCUCUCCUCACAGCGACGGAGCUUCUAGCUGACCGCAGGCACUGGCCAGUUGACUUGCUCGACUUGAACGCGACGAUAUCGCGGCCCGUGCGCCGAGACGCGACGGAUCCGGAUGCGCGCCCACUCAAGCUGAUCCUGCACCUCUCCUCCCCGCCAACGGACAAGCUCACGCUGCCGGCGGGAGUCGAGUCAUGCAAGGCAGCUUUCACGAGUCAGGUCAAGGAGGCCGACUUUGUGCGAUGGGGCAACACGAAGCGCGUAACGGGUAUGCGGCGGCAAGAUCUGGAGGCAGGAUGGGACGGAGUGAUGGGCGGCGACUACGACCUGCACUCACGCAUGGGCUCGCGACUGGUGCCGAUGCCGAUUCCACUGGGAAGCUCCUCGACGCCGUCAAACGUCCCCUCCCGCCCGCCAUCGACGGAGCCGGGUCAGACGAGCUCAGUGCCGAAGCUGGAAUCGGCGUACGCGGCCCGCUCGCUUCCCAUCAAGAUCUACCUGCCCGACGCUCCAGCGAUGCAGCACGUCGUUCCCCCGCUCACGGACGGACGGCCAACGACGCUCCUGUCCUUCCUGAGGCAGCACUACCCGCUCCUCUUCCCGACAAACGGUGAGCCCUAUGCCCUCGCGGUCCCAUACGUGCUCGGCAUCGUCGUCCCGCCCGACGCCGAGGUCGCCUGGCUCGCGAGCUGCAUGUGCGGCGCGGACGGCUGGGUGCGGAUCGGUCUGGGGCUUGUCGGUGACAUAAGUGUCUGGAAUGUCGCGGGCAACGCGAGCGAAGCGAGCAGCGACCGAGCGAGUGAGGCGUUGGGCCGUUGGGCCAUGCUGGACCAGCUGGACCACCUGGUGCUCGUAAAUUUUGGUCCUGGUCCGAGGACCCGAGAAAGCGAGGGUGGGGAGGACACGAAGGCUGGCACAAUGAACGUCAGUUGGUCAAAAGGUACAGCAGGCACUCUGGAUUUCUAUGCCUGGACUCAGCGACCUGAUCUCCGGCGACCUCGCUCGCAUCAGUUUUUCGAAAUGAGGGUCAAGUCGUCAAACAGAGUUUGGGCAGCGCGGUAG